AUGGGCGAGGAGCAGAGCACGGUGAGCGGCGGCGGGCCGCAGGAGGCGCGGGCCCCCGCCGGCGGCGCCACGGGCCACCCCGAGCCCCCGAGGCCGCGGGGGGACAGCGCCGGGGCGCCGGGGCCGCGCGCCGCCUCCGCCGAGCCGAGCGGCGGUGGCUGCGGAAGCGACUCGGGCUGCGUGGACACCAGCGCCCCGGAGCCCGCGGGGAGCCGGGGGGGCCCGGACGGGAGGAAGAGCCGAGCGCCGGGGCAGCCCGCGGGACUGGCACUUACCGGGCCCCUCAACCCCCAGACUUUGCAGCAGCAGCUGGAAGAGGAGGAGGAAGCAGGGGGCCGAGACGAGGGAGGGCAUGAACAGCAGGACGUGCCCCUGGGCGAAGAGCCGGAGCCCAGGACCCGCGUCGGGGCGGCGGACGAACUGGUCUUGGACGUGCUGGGUCAGCGGCGCCCAAUCCCCGCCAAGAGACAAGUCUUCUGCUCCGUGUUCUGCGUGGAGAACGACCUGCCCGAGGCCCCCACCGCGGAGCAGCCCUCGCCACCCGCAUCUUCACCUCGGGCUCCGCCGGUGACGAACGUUCCCAGCACCCCCACCUCCUUCCCCAGCCCCCGGCUGUCCCUCCCGACGGACCCCUUGUCCCCCGACGGCGGCAGCAUCGAGCUGGAGUUCUACCUGGCGCCCGAGCCAUUCUCCGUGCCCAGCCUGUUGGGAGCUCCACCCUACUCUGACCUGGGUGGGGUAGGGGAUCCCUAUGUGCCCCUCAUGGUGCUGAUGUGCCGGGUGUGCCUGGAAGACAAGCCCAUCAAGCCCUUGCCCUGCUGCAAGAAGGCCGUGUGCGAGGAGUGCCUCAAAGUCUACCUGAGCUCCCAGGUACAGCUUGGCCAAGUAGAAAUCAAAUGCCCUAUCACAGAAUGUUUUGAAUUCCUGGAAGAAAGAACGAUUACCUAUAACUUAACACAUGAAGAUUCCAUCAAAUAUAAGUACUUCUUGGAACUUGGCCGUAUUGAUUCCAGCACCAAGCCUUGUCCUCAGUGCAAGCACUUUACAACCUUCAAGAAAAAAGGACAUAUUCCCACCCCUUCCAGAUCAGAAAGCAAAUACAAAAUCCAGUGCCCCACGUGCCAAUUCGUCUGGUGUUUUAAGUGCCACUCUCCUUGGCAUGAAGGUGUUAGCUGCAAGGAGUACAAAAAAGGGGACAAGUUGUUGCGUCACUGGGCCAGUGAGAUUGAGCAUGGGCAGAGGAAUGCCCAGAAGUGUCCAAAGUGCAAGAUCCACAUCCAGAGAACUGAAGGAUGUGACCAUAUGACCUGCUCACAAUGUAACACUAAUUUUUGUUACCGAUGUGGGGAAAGAUACCGCCAGCUCCGGUUCUUUGGAGACCACACUUCAAACCUCAGUAUAUUUGGAUGCAAAUAUCGCUACCUCCCAGAGAGACCUCAUCUAAGGAGAUUAGUGCGAGGGUCGGUCUGUGCUGGAAAAUUAUUCGUUGCACCUCUAAUCCUGGUCUUGGGAUUAGCACUAGGGGCCAUAGCAGUUGUAAUCGGUUUAUUUGUAUUUCCUAUCUAUUGCCUUUGUAAAAAACAGAGAAAACGAUCACGGACAGGAAUGCACUGGUAAAAUGCAGAAUGAUUUCCUGUAACUAAGCCGGUCUGGGUAGGAGCCACACAGAAUGGCACACCGUCUGAGAGUCACGUCUUGAAAAACACUGCGUCCAGUCUCCCUGUGGUUCUCUGCAGGCCACAAUGCCUCUAGCUCCGGUGCGCUCCCUACAUGGUAUCCUGUCCUUUCCUUAUACAGUUUGCUGCUGUUAAAAAAUGGUCACUUUCAUAGACUAUAAAUAUCUGUAACAUAACUCUGACAUUCUUACUGGUUCUUGGAAGAAAAUAUUUUAAUUAAGAGCCAGUUAUCCUCAGAAUUAUCUGAGCAUGCCUCUCCCGAGCACUGUUUGGACUGUCUUUGUACCUAACCCCCCUUCCAGGCCCUCUUCUGAGACUUGGUGUGAAUAGCGGAAGUCAUCCCACCUGUACCAAUAAGCAAGGCCACUUUUCAGAAGAUAAAGGCCGGCCAUAUGUACCUGUUUUUAUCUGUGGCCCAAGCAAUGUAAUUCCUUCAUCCUUCCGAUGCUAUAAUUGUUAAAAAUCUCAAUGCCCAAAAGGGAACAAAUGAAACGAAAUUAAUGAGAAGAAUCAUGGGUUGCUGAAGUGUAUAUGUGCAGGGGUGUGAAUGUGUGUGUAUAGUAAGUACCUGUAUUAAAACUAGGUUCAGUUACCUUGUACUUGUCAAGUUCCAUGCCUCUACACUAUUUUUCCACAUUUUCAUAGACAUACUUAAAGAUAAUCGUUCCUUUGUGGGCAUAUUUUGGUAAUGUACUGAAUUAAAGUCAAUGUAGACAACAGGCUACUUUGAUGUUGACCCUUUCUAUUCCUUGCUCUCUUUGUCUCACACACAUGCACACACGCCAGAAAUUUGUGCAAUGUCACCUCAAGGAUCAUCAAACUUUAUUAACUGACAAAACUGAUAGGCUGCUUUUAGGAAAUUCUCAAGACCAGAAUGUUUAGUCUCUUCAGAUUUCUUAUAUUUUGGCAUAGAUGUUUUAUUAAAUGAACAAAUCCUUCAGAGGGGAUUAGUUAAUUUAAAUAACAAGUUUGCUGUAGUGAGAACUGCUUAAGCCUUUAAACAAAUUGUUGUUCUGCUAGUUUUUUAAUCAACUAGUAAUGACAGAUAAUUCUGCUUUAGGUCAAGUUCUGAUAGUAUUGGAAACCCCACCCUCUUACCUCUUUUCUCUUUCUCUCUCUCUCUUUUUUGUUUGUCCCCAAGAUUUUCAUUAAAAAAAAAAGUACUAGUUUUGAAGGGUUUUUCUUAUGUUUACUGCUCAAGUGCAUACUAAUGUGCUGAUGUCUUCUUAUGGAUAGGGUAAUUUGAAAACACAAAUUUUUGUGAUUAUGGAUGGGUUUAUCUAAAAUAGAAACAACUUUUGGAGAAGGAAACAAAAAAAAAUGAAGGAAAUAUUUUCAACAAGUUUUACCAAGCUGAGAAGUCUUUAAAAAUAAGAAAAAGACACAUAGCUAAACAAUGUUAUUCCUUUGUUUUUAUCAUGAAAGUUCAUUAGCAGAAUGGAAGUAAAGAUCCCUAAGAAGCCUGAAGUUUCCCCUUGUCUCCAGAUCCUUAAAAUUAGAUAUCUGCAUAGAUGUAGCACUUAUUUGUCAGAAGCCUUACCUGAAUUGUAAUAAAUUCUGUGAUAAAACAUGCAUUAACAUGGAUAGUUGGUCUUGUUGGGCUCUAACAAAUAUAAGAACAUUUAUCAUUUUUAUUGGGCCUAAAAAGUCCAUGAUAGUGAAGUUUACUUGCAUGAAUAAUGAGCUAGCAUGCUUCCAUUCCUUCUGAAGAACACUCAGAAUAGCUACACUGAAGCUUCUGGACUAGUCUCUAUUCAGUUAGAAGAAGGUGUGCCAUUUGUGAUUCUACAAUGGUGUAUUUCUAAAGCAUAACAUGGUGCAAGAAAAAGUGAUGCUUUAGUUUCACAAAUUCACCUUUCCAUUCAUCCAUCCAUCCAAUGGAUAUUUUUGAGUGCCUAUUCUAUGUGCUCUAGUCUUAAAACAAGAGAAUGAAAAUUUCUAGCCUACAUCGAUGUAAUUCUGUCAUAAAAGUGCUUAAUUUUUGUAAAUUCAUUUUUUUCUGGACUUAGUUGUUAGUUUGACAAUACGUGAAUGUGAUGAAUUUUAAAUCUAGUGGAUAAUAUGUUUAUGUAUGAUAUGUGUAUGUAUAUAUACAUUUAAAUAUACAUACAUAUAUAAUAUUUCCAUAGCUGCAUAUAAAUACAGUUGCCACAUACAUAUAUACCAACUGGCUAAAUAAUAUACUCUUUGGUCUUAGAUAAUCUAUUUUCUUAGGUUAUUGUGUCUCUUGUCUUUGGCCUACUCAGGGAUUUUUAUUCCUUCCUUUGAAUAACUUAUCUUUUGGAGGUAUCUUUAUCUUAUUUGGAAAUGUUCCAAUUUUCCAAUUACAAAGCAGUGUCUGUUAUCAGUGAAAGCUCUUUCAUCAAUGCUUGAGAUACUGUACACAGUGUUGCACAGGAUUUUCAUUUUUCUAUUGCAUAGAUUUUUUAAAAAAUUAAUGUAUGUAGUUUUCUCUUUCACAGUUGGUAUAUAUUAGGUCUUUCCCUGAUAGUGACUUAACGUAAUAAUUUGUGAUUUUUUUUUUACUAAGUAUCAUCAAGAUCUUAAAAAGAGAGAAGAAAGCAAAAAGAUUAUUUAUAUGUUAGUGCCAACAUUGAAAGUAAAACAAUAGUAGUAACUUUGGGGAUAAAUUUGAAAAGCUACUUUAGAAAAAGAAGCAUACACAUAAAAUAAAUAUCUUUCUAUCCAAAGCUUGUCAUUUUUUAUUGUAAAUGUAAUAUAUACUCCUUUAAAAGAAUCAAACCAUAUAGAAUUAUAAAAUGCAAAUUCACCUGCUCUACCCCAUCCCUUAUUUUCUAGGGGUGACCACUGUUAAUGUUUUGAUAUGUGUCCUUCCAGAAACUUUCUGCAAAUAUUCUAGUGUGUUUGUAGAUGUCCUUGUAUAUUAGUUUUAUAUAAAUAGAACAGUAUUCUUAAUGUUCUGUGAUUAUUUUUCAUUUUAUUGUAUAUUGGUAGACACCUUUCCAUAAGUGUUUAAAUAGAUUUACCUCAUUCUUUUGUAAAUUACUACAUAUUACAUUGUGGGACUAUCCUUAAUUAGUCCCUAUUAAAUGGACAUCGAGAUUGUUUUUACUUCUCUAUUACAAAGCAUCAGUGAAGAUCUUUUACAUAUAUUUUUUAUCACUUAAUGUACACAUUUCCAUGAUUUUUAAAAUUUGUUUUUUAUAAGAUAUUUGUAAUAAAAUUUUAACGUGUUUUUGGUGAAUGAGAUCAUAGAGAUACUAUAUUUGAGAUCUUUUUCUUGAAGAAAAAGAAAGAUUAUGUAGGAGUGCAUAAGUUUUAAAGAAAAGCAUCUUUUUGCAGGAUAAUUCCCUCCAUGCUUGAUUAACCAAAUAAAUAUGUGGCCAAAACUUAUAAAGGAAAAUCCAUCUUAUUCCAAUAAAAACUGCAACAAGAUGUCUGUAAAAUAAUGUGAGAAAGCUACAUUGAUAUUUGGAUUGCCUGGUUUUAAAAUUUAAGAUUUUUAAAGGAAAUAGCUAAACUCUUCAUCUUUGUCACAUUUUGUUAAAACACUAUCCAUGUUCAUGCAUGUUGCACCACAAAGGAACUUAAUUAUGCCAUUGUGAAAAAUAGGAAGCAGCGUGUUGGCAAUUAUGAAUGACCACAAUUAUCCAUAAAAAAUAAAUUUAACUAUCUGUAAGGUUUGUAGAUUGUUAGAAUGCUUAUAAAUUUGGAACAACAUGAAACAUCCAUUUUACAAUGAAUCCCAGAAGUCUCCUAAAACCUUUUGUAUGUGGAGCUAAAAAGGAGAGGAGUCAGACCUUUUGGUACAAGCAACAGCCUGUGGCCACCACCUUGAUUUUCUGAUAGGUGCUAUUUAUCCUAAAAGUAGAACAGACAAAAACAAUCAAAGAUAAUCAGUUAGAUCACAACCUGUUACCUUUCAUUGUGCUUUCUCUGCUGUGGGAUCAGGAAUCAGUGGUGCCUAUCCUGUGCCGCCCAAUCUUUUGAGUCCCAAGACCACACCUGAGCCUUUAUCAUUCAAUCCAACACCCAAAUAAAUGGCUCCUGGCGCCCCUAAGAUACCAUCAGACCACUGUAAUCUCGUUCAGUCUCCCGUGACUCUCUCCAACCUCAUUUUUCUCCACGCCUUCACUGCAAAGGAGGAGGAGAAACAGGAGGGCUGCAAAGCUCACUCUGGUAUCAGCAUUCCUUCCUGAUCUUUGUCUAAUUAAAGUGCAUCUGCCAAGACAUUGAUCCAGCUUCUCCCUUGUUAAACAUUGCAGUUGUUUUUAAUAGUAGACUUUGUGCUGCCUGUUAAAUUUAUAAUUCUAGAAAGAGCUAGUAGACUAAAUAAGAUUAAUUGGUAUGCUUCAUUAAGUACAAAAUUUUUUUACACAUCAUGCCAACUGCCAUUUUGUUUUUUAAUUGUAUUAGCAAGCUGCAAAUAUGCCUUAAUGUGAGUCUUCACAUUGGAUUGCAUGCUUAUCUCUUCAUAUUUGUAGCUGAAAUCUAUCCCAACCACUGAAAGUAUUUUUUCUUGUGGUCAGCCUUAUUGUUUUGUGUUAAUGUCUAUUAUAAACAUAGCCUUAAAAUUCAAUAAUGCACUUUAAAAUACGUGUGCCAUUUAAGUAAUUCGACAGAAUUAAAGAAAAGGUUGCAUAUAUUUUGAUGGCGACAGUAGAAUAACAGCGUCAGUAAAUGUAUGUCACCUCUUUAAAUUUGGGGGUGGAAAUCAGAGCUGAAAUUUUUAAACAAGUAAAAAACAUACCUGUAAAAAAAUUUAACUGAGUUUCUGAAAUUAUAGUAGUUCUAAAAACUGACACCAGGAGCUCAAAUAUAGCAAGUAAUUAGUAAGUGUUACCUACUAACCUAGCUGGAAUAUUUGUUAAAAUAUUAAGUUAGUUUCUGCCACAUUUUAACUGCAUUUUCAUUUUUCAUGAAAUCUAUAAGAGAAAUUCCACUGACCAGAACAUAGUAAAUCAAAACUAUCCCCAAUAGUCAGCUCGAGCAUUUUUUUAAAUUCUUAUACCUUAAGUACGAUCUUUUCUUCCUCCUGUGGAAAAUAAGUUGCAAAACCCCGUUUUUAAUAUGUACACCUAUAAUUAUGUAAUAAAACUGAAAUAACUUUAGAGAAGCAUAAAUAUAUGAUCUGAACAAAAUCAGAGUUCCAAAAAUUGGGAAGUAUUCAGGAUUGUGAAGUGCUAUCUUUUCAAUGCAAACCAAUGAUACAGAUCUUUAAAAGAAGAAAUGCAGUGGAUCUCCUUCGUAACUCUGGUUUUGCAGGGCUAAUACUCAUUUCAGAGCCAGCUGUGAUGUGGGACUUGUACUGUAUAUCACUGUUCUCAGAGUAGUACUUUAGCUGACUUUAUCCAAAUCCAAGAAGCAGAGAGUCACAUAGUGUGAGACCUAUAAUUGUUGUUUGGAGCAUUAGCUGAAGCCUUCAUGUAUCACAUACGUUAUAGAUCCCAUAUAUAGUGCCAAUUUUAGAAGCUUGUAAUUAUGUGUAUCAUGAACUAUAUAUAUAUAUAUAUUUUUUUUUUUUUUGCUAAAACAAUGACUGUUUUGAGAAUAAUAAUAUGACUUAAAAGGCAAAAAAAAAAAUACACAAAGUAUUGCCACUGCCUCUUUUUUUUUUUUUUUGGCCACUUUCUUUUAGCUAUAAAAGAAAUUUCAUUAGUUAUAUUUAACUCUGCAUCACUUACAUUAUACAAACUUAUUGGCAUAGAAAAUACUUUUGUUUUUCAAGUUUAUCCCACCUUUUUGUCACUCUGUCUUAUCAUUAAUAUUAAAUGAUAUUCUUCCCUGGUUUUGAAGUGAUGCUCAUGUCUUUCGACAUCAAGUUUCUGUUUUCUUUAGAUUUCCUCGUUAUGUUGCCUUUUCCCUCUUCUGUCCCCUACCCAUCUUUGCUAGCCGUGAGAUAAAUUCUGUCUCAUCAUUAACUCUUUUGACUAAUGAAAUGAAAUUCAGAUAUUGAAAGGACUCCAUAAUUUGGCUCUGGUAGUGAACAUAAUUUACCUUGGCUUACUUUGUAAAUUGAAAUGUAUGAAGAGAACCUGGAACACUGAUCCUCUUCUUGAUAGGAGUUGGAGAAACCCUGCCCAGCCUCUCUGACAAGAAAUAAAAUGAACAAGAAGAUGUCAGUUGGAUCAGAGAGCCUAAUAAUACUCUAAAGCCAAGCUUCAGAAAUUGCUUCAUGAAUAUUGUAAAGUCAAUGUUGUGUUUGCAUAUUAGCUGGACAGAAAGCAUGUGUGGUUAUUCAUCCAACCUGACCCCAAAUGGCCAGAUGUCUGGUUUGCGGUCCGUGUCGAAAAAAGCUUGGACUUGGGGCUGGAUUUAUGUAGUGUAGCAUUUGUAUAUAAGAUCUGAUGAUGGAUUCAUACUCUGUGAACAUUAUUAGACAUUUCGAUACUAUAAAAUAGAUAACAUUGAAUGUAACUCAUACUAGCCUUCUUCUAGAGAAGCCAUUUGUCAUUUGCAAAUGCUCAACAUUUUCAGUGAUAUGAUUUAGGUAUAAGUAACACUCAAGAUAUAUUUAGCAUAGGUCUAGUAUAUGAUGAAAAAGUCCAAGGGAGAGUCAAACUUGGGUGUUAAAGGGCCCAAGAAAUGGCUGAAAGAAUGUCAUUUCAGAUUUUUCCUUAUAGCUGACAAACUGUGCCGUUGGUCAUCUGUUCCCUGCAAAGUUGUUAGGUGUUUACCUCAUGCCCCAGGUGGUGAAAUAGUUUCAAUAAUCCAGUCAGAUUCUUAAAAAUAGUAUUUUUCAUUGAAAUGUUACUUCCUCUCUUCACAAAUAUACUUUUACUGCUUCUUUCAGGUAAAUACUAUCUAAACAUUUUACAUAAUAUAUUUGAAUACUUUUAGUUUAUAGAAAAUUAGCAUGCUUUGUAAAGAAAAUUCUAGAUAAAGUGUCAUGAGUUUUUAUCAGCUGACUAUACACCCUUUUUCUAAGGCCCUUUAGCUUCCAGUUCCAUAUGCCAAUAGCUUAGUUUUGUUAUAUGAUCAUUUUCAUUGUAAUGAAAAUUCUGUAUAUGGUAUUGAAAAGAAGAGACCAACCUUAUAUUUCUUAUGACACCUAGAACAGUAAUUGGUUUAUAUAUACACAUUUCCAUUUACCUUGAUAAGAACAACCUAUUACAGAUUUUUAAUGUAAAAAUUAAUUGACAAUCUUGUUGCUUAUGAAAGCAACUGUUAAUAAGUAGUAAAUUCUGAGAGAUCACAGAAAUAAUUUUGUAUAGAAGGAACACAAAAAUGGUGGCAUUAAAAUGUUGUUAUAUUAACACAUUAUUAAGAAGCCACAACAGUUAGUUGUUUUGUUUCUACUUUAAAAUUGGGCAUAAGAUACAUUCAUGAAACACAUAUUUAAAGAUGUAUGCUUAUUGACAAACUAUGGGACAAUUAAAUUAUUCACCUCUUUUUUCAAAAAGUGUAAAAUGCCAAAAAGAAAUAAUUUUAAUGUUUAAUCUGUUGUUACUAUAUAUUCAGAAAUUGCAGUUCUAAGGAAUAAUUGUCAUGUCCUAUAUGAAUUAUCAGAAUAUAUCCCAUUUUAAUUACAUUCUCAUGAACAAUAGCAAAGGAGAAGAAAUUUCUUAAUUUUAAAAUGAAUGACUCUCAUUUGUUUGUACUUUAUCUUGUCCAUCAUUUCAUUAUACUGUAUAUCUUUUUUCUGUAAAAUUUGUAGCCAAUCUCCAAGGAACAUAAAUUAUAAUAUUUCUCAAGUUUAAAAUGAGCCUAGCUAAGAAGAUAUUUUCAAUGGUAUUGGAAAAUAUUUAUGUGAUUUUAUUUUUUAACUUUUUUUACAUUUCAUUAGUCAUACUAUUAACUUUGGUAUUCAUAAAACUAUGUGGAGGUAACUAUUUUGAAUAUAUUUUGAAAAAGAAGCAGUAGAAAUAAAAUGAGAAAAUAGACAAUAUUAAUAUUAUAUAGAAAUCCCUGAAAGAAAAUUGGAAAGGAAAAAAAACUCCGUUGAGAUGAAAAUGUUGGGAAAUAAGUAUUCAAAGACCUUAAUUUCUUACAUUGCUCGAGUAAUCAAUUUAUUUCCAAAUGAUUGUCUCAUGCUGUUGAUUCCAUGAAUUGUGCUUCUAGUAUAAUAUAUAAUUUCCCCUACCAUUUUAGUGUUUAUACAUUAAUUACUGAAAAGAAAGGAAGGAAUUGGUUAAUAAAAGCGAGGAAAACUGGGUUUAUUCCCAUUUUCCAAUAGCACUAAUGUGUACUUCUUUAACCUUCCAUAUGGUGCUUUGUGUGAUGAGAGUAUAUAACAUUUAUAUAUGUUAUUAGUGCCUUAUUUUUUUCACUUGACUUUAUUUCUUACCUAAAGAGCCAUAUAUUUUUUGUGAGUGUUCCUUGGUCCCUGUAUUUAAAGUGCUGAUGACACAAUGUAUCUUUAGUGGUCUAUAUAGGCUGCAUUUGCUUAACCCACUGUAUUAUCUCUAGAACAGCAGGUUAGCCAAUGUAUUUUUCUUAAAUUCAGUGUGUAUUUUUAAGCUAAGGUAGAAAAAAAGGAUAUUGAAUGUCAUAAGUUGAAGCCAUUAUUAUUGAAAUGUACUUUUAAGCUGCAAAAAAGAAUGCUGCUUAUUAAAAUUUAAAACGAAAGUCAGAAUGACCGUCAAUCUUUAGAGCUCCAAUUAGGACAAAAUUACUUAACAAAAAGCAUUGAAAGUAAAAGUAAAUAUAUGGAACUUCAGGAAUUUGAUCAGUUUCCUACAACCUGUCUUUGACAAUGUGUUAUUUGUAAUCUACUUCCGCGCAUGUUUGCUAUUUACAUGUAAUUAUUCAUUCACAGUGGGCUUUAUCGAUAUCAAGAUAU